GAGACGUUGGGCGAGGCGCGUAUCGAUCCGCACGAAUUGGUCAUCAGACCGCUCGUUCUGAUCGUUCAGUACGCCGGUGAAAUUCAGCAGGUGGAGCCCAGGCGACUGGAACGAGGAUUCGCCGAUACGGCACUCUCACAUGAUUGA